AUGGGGUUCCCUUAUACUGCCAAUGUGCCUUGUGUUGGAAGGAGUGGUAGUCUUGUGCUGGCUUGGAAAAAGGAAAUCGAUCUUGCUGUUGUUUCCACUAGUAAUAGGGGCAUCUAUGUUACUACUAAGGAUAUCAUACACUCCAAAACUUGUCACAUUUCUUUCAUAUAUGAAGAACCUAAUAGUGCCUUAAGACAAGCCUUCUAUGAAACCAAUGCAUGCUACCACCUAUACCAGAAUUUUUGUAAUGUUUUUGACUUGCAUGACCCUGGUUUCUAUGGCCUUAGAUUUACUUGGUCUAAUAUGCAACAUGGUCCUGAUCUCAUCCUUGAAAGACUUGAUAUGUGCCUUGUUAAUCCUUAUGCUGAGUUGUUAUGUCCUAAAUUCUAUGUUAAUAAUCUUCCUAGGGACUCCUCUGAUCAUUUCCCUAUGCAUAUUGGCUUUAAUUUUGAAGUUAAUUUUAUGCCUAAACCUUUCCAUUUCAUGGCUAUGUGUAUGGAGGACCCUACUUGCAGGGAUGUUAUAGCUAAUGCUUGGUCUGUUAAUGUGAUUGGUUCCCAUGCUUAUAAACUUAAAGCAAAGCUGCUUAAUACUAAGAAAGGCCUUAAGGGUUGGAACAAAAUUUCUUUUGGUAACAUUCAAACCAACAUCAAAACUACUAGAGAAGAACUGGCAGAUCAUCAAACUUUCAGUCCUUCUGACUCCUCCUCUACUUCUAGAUUAAGGUCUAGGCUAGAAUACUUGUAUAAUCUUGAGGAACUUUACUGGAAAGAUAAAUCUAGGGAGAUUUGUCUCUUGGAAAGAGAUAGAAAUUCUCCCUAUUUCCAUAGAGUCACUCUCUUUAGGAGAAAAAGGAAUGCCAUUAGUUGGAUUAAAAAUUCUCUUGGUACUGUUUUAACUGAUAGAAACAACAUAAGAACUUCUUUUGUGGAUUAUUUUAGAAAUAUGUACUCCUCCCAACCUCAGUAA